GUCACUGUUGGUGGCAAAGCUUCCCAUGGAGGAUGUGGAACUGUUGGUGGCAACAGUGCAUUUAGAGUCGAAUUGUCAAGAUCUUCGCCGGGAACAACUGAGGCAGAUCCUUCGAUAUUUGGAUGCUCCCACAAGCCAUGUGAUCUUGGCCGGGGAUAUGAACUUUGGCGACUUCGCUGUGGAGGAAGUGGAGCUGCGUCAGGCAGACUACCACGACUGCACAGCUUCUUCGGGACAUACCAUGCCUCGCAACGAUUUCGACGGCAAAGCGUGCCGCUUGGACCGGAUCUACACCCAUGAGAGUGCUGGAGCUGUCUGGCGCCUGGUUCCCUCUGCUCCGCGCUUAUUGGGCACGGAGCCAUUGGACGAAGGUGGAGCUGAAGGUCUGGCAGGCAACAACCAUGGUUGCUUUGAAGAUCCAGGGGAUGCACUAGCAGGCGGCGACAGCGACACGGAUCCGGAAAUGCCUCCCUUGAUUCCCGUGGCCUUCGGAGAAAUACCAUUGCCCAUGAGUCGUUGCCCUUCAGACCAUUACGGCGUCCUUUGCGAUUUCGAAAUAGUGAGACGAAAGGUCACGCAACGUGCUUUGCCCAUGCUUAGCGUGCAAAAAGAUGCCCGCAAGUACAGCCUGCAGACCAGUGAAUAUUCUCCAGGUAACAUCCAUGAAGCCCAUGAGGCUUUGAGAAGGCCCAAGGCGGAACCGGUCACACUCUUCCGCUACCAGGAUUGGUUUGACUGGAUGGUCUUUGCCGUGAUCUUCGUCGUUCUGGUCUGCGUCGAUAAUUUGCUCCUCUUCGGGAAGUAUGGUGGCAACAUGAGUUUCAAGAAGGCAUUGAGCUACAGUUUCUUCUGGCUGAUGUGCGCCGGCGCCUUUAACGGCUACGUCUAUUGGUCCCGUGGGAAGGAAGCAGCCUUCGAUUGGGGUAUGCCCAGCCAGUUACGCCAUAUUUUGGGGGUCAAUUUUGUAGGAUCAAUUUUGGCGCAUACCCUGGGAGAGAAACGUCAGAUCCACUGA